UGAUGCUAUGUGAUACUGUGUGUUAGUCGACUUGAUUAAACAUGGAGGAGACUGGCAACGAGAAGUUCCUAUCAAGAAGGCGUUCUGCUGCCCUUAAAGCUUUUAAAGUUAAAGAUGAACGAGUAGCAACUUUUAAGAAAGUAACUGCGAUUUUACAAAAAACUGAAACCGCCAGAACUGCAGAGGAAACGGAGAUUCUUCUUUCGUGCAGUGACGUCGUGAAAGAGGUUAAUUUAAGGCAAGAGAAAAGACACAGGGUGAAAGCAAGAUUAGAAGAAGUAGAAGAUGCACCAGAAAUUUUAGAAGAAAAAUGCAUGCGAUUAGCUGCAGCAAUAAGCAGAGCAACAUCUCUCGCUGUUUAUACUGGUGCAGGCAUCAGUACAGCUGCUUCUAUCCCAGAUUAUAGAGGAACAAAUGGUGUUUGGACUCGUUUACAACAAGGAAAAGACAUUGGAAAUCAUGAUCUAAGUCAAGCAGAACCAACAACAACGCAUAUGGCUCUUUAUGCCUUAUAUAAGGCACGGGUUUUAAAGCAUGUAGUUUCCCAGAAUUGUGAUGGACUUCAUUUACGCAGUGGGAUACCUCGCACAUUUUUAUCCGAAGUUCAUGGGAACAUGUAUGUGGAAGUUUGUAGAACAUGUAAACCAUUUAGAGAAUAUUGGAGAUUAUUUGAUGUUACAGAAAAAACAGCUCGGUAUUCUCAUGGCACUGGUAGAUUAUGUCACAGAUGUAACUCUGUCUUGCAAGAUUCAAUUGUUCAUUUUGGUGAAAGAGGCAAUCUUCCAUGGCCAAUUAAUUGGAAUGGUGCAACAAGAGCAGCAAAACAGGCAGACGUUAUAUUAUGUUUGGGUUCUAGUUUAAAAGUUUUGAAGAAAUAUCCAUGGUUGUGGCAAAUGGACAGGCCGAUUCACAAACGUCCAUCACUAUAUAUUGUAAAUUUGCAGUGGACUCCAAAAGAUGAAAAUGCAGUCUUAAAAGUAAAUGGAAAAUGUGACGAUGUUAUGAAAAGGGUUAUGACUCAUCUCGGGUUGGAAAUACCACAAUAUAAUCGUGCUAAGGAUCCAAUAUUUUUUCAUGCAGUACAACUUGGAAAUAAUGAACAGUGUACAACAAGUCAACCUUGUCUAGAAGAGCCAUGUAAUAUUACUCACAAGGAGUUAAGUAAAAUCAGUGAUAACUUUUGUGAAGAUAUUACACCCCAAACGAAAGAGGAAGAAGAUUGCAUCUCACCCAAAAAAAUAACUGAAUCAGUGUCCACUUAUCCAGCGCCAUUUUUUACUGCAUUACCAUUCUUGUCCAUGGGUUUGCCAUUUCCACCAAUGUACAUGUGCCCUCAAUUAACACCACUUUUCUAUUAUCCAUUUAUACAAAUACCAAAUAUGACCAUGGAAACGCCAAAACCCAAGCCAGCUUGUACUUUUUGCAUGGAAAAUGAAGGUUCGCUCACUUGCCUUUAUUAUCAACGAGACACGGAUGUUUCCUUAAUAGGAGCUGAAAGCAAACAGAUAGAAGAUACAAAGACAUUAGUAAUUCAUGCAGAUUCUCCGAUAGCACCUCCUAAAAAUCCUGGAUGGUUAGGCAAAGGAUAUCGCAAAGGCAUGAAGAAGAAGCGGUAGCAUUUACUCUGUAUGACAUGGUAUAUGACUUUCUCUUUCUCUGUUAUUAUGUGAAUGUAUAACAUAUAGUAUAUGAUAUUGUACGUAAAUGCCUCCAUAUCACGAUGAAACCGGUGUACACAAUUUACGAAUGUAUAGCGACUUACUUCCAGUAUCCAAAAUUUGAAUAAUCAAAUUAAAUUAUGACAAUAGCUCUUAAGCUUUAAAGUAUAGGCAAUCUAUUCUUAUCCAUGAAACUUUCAAAAUUAAAAUUUUAUAGCAAGCAAAUUAAUUCGAUGUAUAUUUGUAUCUGAUAAGUUUGAUUUUAAAAUGAUUACUUUGUAAAUUUUACUAUUAUUGUUUUUCUGUGAAACAUGCUUGAUUCGCAAUUAUUAUUGUUAUUUUAUAAGUCAUUAUGUUGUGAUUUUUAAUUAUAAGGUUUUAUUUAAGCAGAUGAGUGUUGUGCAGAUCACGAUAAAUUCCUAGUGACCAAAGUGAUAUUUUUCAAAUAUGUUUUGAUUUUUUUUUUAUUAGUUGCUUUGUAUCUGUAUAGUUGAAUGUAUCAUAACUUUUUUUUAAAAAAGAAAAUUGGUUUAUGAGUAUC